AUGGACGAAGAAACAACCCGCAGGCUCCAGAAAGACUUGGCGGAGGCACGUGCCGAGAUCGCGAGGCAGAAAAAACGCGCCGACGACGAGGAGGCAGCUCGUCUGGCUGAAAAGAAACGCGCCGACGACGAAGUGGCAAAAAACGAGAACACGGCCUACCUAAGGUACCUGCACAACAUCCAGACGCACAUCCCCCCGAUCCUCCGCGUCGAGACGAACCGCCAGCGAGCGGCACUCGGCAAGGCCGCCAACGCGAACGGCAAGAUGCUGCAGAUUCUCUUCGGCGACGCCUUUCACUUCCCGUCCUUCAACGACUCCAAGUCCGUCGCGAAAAACCUGUCGCCCGGCAAGCGGCGAGACGAGCAAUAUAUCCGGCCGUCUGUGCGCGCGUACCUCGAGACGCCCUCAAUGCUGAUUGUCAACACGUUCCUACGGCUCACCGACGACCCCCAGUACCGCGGGCUCGAGUUCCAGUUCGGCAACAAUGCCUACGGCACGUCUGCGCGGAAGAAGACGAGCAGCGUGCCCGACGUCGACGAACCCGACGUCGAACGCCGUAGCCGCAGCCAAAGCCUUAGCCGCAGCCGCAGCCACAGCCACAGCCACAGCCACAGCCUCCAUAGCAGCCCGUCUCCCUCCAAACGCAAGUUCGACAGUGCGACAGCGCUGGUGCCCGACCGCUGGGGCCUGCGUCUGCGACGAAACGAGUCCGACGACGACGACGCCGAGUUCUCCGAGAGCAUUCUGCCGGGCGAGUACAAAGCUGCGCACAAAAUCCGCGGUGACCACAUCCGCAACAUCUUGGGCAACCCCGACGUGCCUCCGGCCGAGGCACUCGUCGGCGUUUGCGCAGAACGCCGUCGCAUUGCCGGCAACAGCGGUAUCGGUAUCAGCAGUGAUACCGGUGACGAAAGCGACAACAGCGGCAGCGUCGACGGAAAGCAAAAAACUGCUGCCACCGCCGACGCCGCCCUGACAGCCAUCUGGCGCCAAAAAGACGAGAUGACUAUUGCCGAAGUUAUCUGCCAGACCUACCACUAUAUGAUUGUCUACGGCACCAAGUACGGCUACGUCACGUCGGGCGAGGGCACGGUCUUUUUCAUGAUCGUGCCCAAGAGCCCUGAUGCCCUACUCUAUCAUUUUAUCGACCACGCGGUAUUUUUGCAGACGGAGGAUGACCCACUGCGCGUGCCAGCCGCCCAAAUGGCCACGCUGAUUCUCGAGGCGCUUGUUACGGAUUUACGCGACCAGGGAAUUACUACGGCCUUAUUCACCGACCUUCCGCACCGCAGUGCUGAUGAUGCUGACGGUGCUGGUGGUGCUGGCGGCAAUGCAAACAGAGACAGCAGGUCGUCCCGGCCGGUUGUGCUUAUCGAACAUGCCCGGCAAGAAUACUGCACACAGGCAUGCCUACUCGGCCUCCGCCGCGGCGGCCCCCUCGACCCAGCCUGUCCGAACACGUCGGAGCACGCACGUGCUGAGCGCCAGAGGACCGGAGCAGACGGCCGACAGCAACACCACGCUACCAACACGGCGGAGCUCUGCACGAUACUGCUGAAGCAGCUGACAGGCAGCCUCAGCGCCGGCAUCGAGUGUCUGAUGAAGUUCGGCCUAUUUGGAGCCAUCGGCACGCUAUUCAAUAUUACGCUCUGCGGCUAUGGCUACACCUUCGUGGCCAAAGGCGUCCAGGACGCCGACGAGCUGGCGCUCAAACGCGAGGCCGCCUUCUACGCCAGCCCCGUCACGCAGCGCGUGCAGGGCGUGCUGAUCCCCGUCUACCUCGGCUGGCGGCGUAUACCGGAGGCCAUCGACGACGUCGAAAGCAUCGUUCAGGAUAUUGAGGACUCGUUAUAUCGCCACAGCAUUGUUCACGCCGACAUUCGCCUGGCCAACCUGGCGUGGAACAAGGAGCUCAAGCAGGUCAUGGCCUUGGACUUUGACCGCGCGUUUCUCAUGGACGGGCCGUGCGAGGUGUCGCCGCUGCCGUCGAAGACGGUCACGCAAGUGGUGGGCAAAGCGGUGUUUCUGGGAAAGAGGAUACGCGAAGACGCUGCCCUAGCGCGGCUAGCCGUGGGCCAAGCCCACGUUCACGCGGCGCUGCAGCAAGCGCGCGACACCUUUGAGGGCCUCGACUUUUAA